AUGAGCGAGUUCGGAAACAAUACAAAGGAAACUUGGAAACCCGCAAAGAAAGCAAUCGUCGCGCAAUUCAGGGAGAUCAGGAGGAAAGGAAAACGCCGGAAUCCGUAUCCAGAUUGGAGUUGGCAUAAUAGUAAUUGUACUAGUAAAUGUGAUGGUAUUAUAAAUGUUUACUAUACGCAUAUUCGAUGCAACCACAUCUUUGUUUUGGAUAACGGCCAAAUCGGAGAAACUAAUAAACAAAUUUGUAAUCCAAAACUAUUGAUCUUCGAUUUAAAAAAUGAUAUGCUGGUUAAAACUAUUUAUAUCCCACUUGAUAUUGCUACUAACAAAACGGGCUCUGGAUUAUUAGUAGAUGUUUUUGUUUAUGUUCCAAAUGAGAAAUGCACGCACUUUCUGGAUAAAAUGAUUGUAUUUAUGGCUGAUUCAAAAGGUUCCGGCAUAGUGAUAUAUCACUCAUCCAGAAAGCAUAUGUGCAGAGUCGAAUCUGAUUACAUGAAGCCCACUAAUACUACUUUCCUCGUAGACGGUGACAUUUUUACUUAUGUGGGCGGUAUCUUCAGUAUGACAAUCAUGGGCGAUGAAUUUUAUUACGCUUCUAUAUCGGGAAAAGAAAUAUAUAAAAUUAAAAUAAAGACGCUAAUGGAAUGUCCAAAUAAAGAAGAGGCUAAUAAACAAACUAAACUCGUUAAAAAAUUAUCAAACCAAACAGUAAAACUCUCAUCAACAUGUCAUUAUAUAUUUUACACUGAUUACGGAACAAAUUCUGUUCUAGGCACAAACACUUGUACGAAAUCUGCUAACAACACGGUGGUACUCGCGCAAGACGAUGAAAAAUUGCAAUCUAUAUCUCAAACAGAUAUUUCAACUUACUGGGGUCAGCUAACAGGCCUAUCAAAUAGAUUUCAGAAAUACGCAUUGCAGACAUAUAAUCUAAGUGAUAUAAACUUCCGCUAUUUCGAAAUGAAUUUAGAUGAAAUAUUUAAGAAAAUUAAUUAA